AAAACAAUAAAAAAACAUUGACUAAACUUUGUGGCCUCUAGCUGAUUUGCUGCAGUAUAUUUAAUCCAAUUUAGAUGAAAUUGCAAUACUAACGUCUGUGAACUUGUUCGAAGCAACAUCUCCAACACAAACAUGAUAGAGAAUCUAUCGAAGAAACGUAUGGUGUUUGGAAUUAGCUGCCUUAUUUUACUAACCAUAGUUGUACUGAUCAUCGAAUCCAAAUGGAUGAAGGCAGGCUCUCGUCGGCAGGAGUUUGUGAUUGAAAAUAAUUCCACCUGUUGGCAGCGCGAAACGUACGAGGUGAUCAAGGAUUGUCAUCCGUGCACUGCAUUUGAGAUUGCGAGCAAAUCCCAGGGUGUUUGUGUACAUACCCACAACAAAGAAGUGCUGAAGUGCAUUGGCGGAGAAAUCGUUACCAGAAGUUGUGAUCGAGUUGCGUGGCUGGAUGAACGUCAUUACUGGUCGUUCCAAAUUUCAUUAGCUAUCAUCGGUACGCUAUCGGCAGCAAUAUCGUUUCUACGACAGAAAACGCUUAAUCGACGAACUAUUUUAAAAAUCCAGCGUGAACUAGGCGCAUAA